GGCCGACUAACGUUAUUCCAAUCGAAGUCAAAUCUGACAUUUCGAUUUUAACAUUAAAAAAUUUUUUAUUUAUUCUGUAAUUUAAAUUGCGUAUUGUGUUCAGUGAAUGGAGUGAAAAUAUUUCUGGUGAACUAAUUACCUAGUACCUGUAAACUGCACAAAGUCUUAAAUACACUAGAAUAAGAAGUCGAUCUCGCAUCAUAGUUUAGUAGCAAGAAAUUAAUCUACAGUCUCAUAGAUUCAGUCCAUACUUUAGGAAUGUCAGCAGGACUUUUCUGAUAGUUGAAGUUAAUGUACAGAAAAGAAGGAACUUUUAGAAACAGUGUAUCAGUCGAUCAACAUCGGGAAAACCCUACAAAGGUGUACUUUAUUUCACAAACAGCGCAGAAAAGCUAAAGUUAGCAAACAAAUUUAAACGAUUAUAAAAUGGCGGACGACUUCGGUUAACUAGGAACUUCAAGAAGUGCAAGACUUGGUUCAGCAAGCAGAAACCGCCAUCAAUGAAGUGAUGGCCGAAAAUGAAAUGCUGCAGGAGACUUUUUUAGCGUCGACCGCCGAGGAUACCGUCAUGGCAAGUGACAUUGAAAGGACUUUCUUUUCGGAAGAUGAGAAUGCACAACAGGGACCAUUUACAGGAGGAGAUUAUACCGGAUAUACAACCGAUGACGAAACUCUCGUCGCCGGAGAUGCUAAAGCACUUAUGACCUAUGAUACUAAUAUAGAUGCGGUAGUAAUAAAGGAACUAGAAGAUGCAGAACAGCAAGCAAUGGAAACUGCCAAAAUUAUUUACGAUCUGAAACAGCGAGUCGCACAACUCCUAAGCAAAGAAAAAAUGACCGAAGUUGAAGCAAGAGAGUUAGAGGAAAAGAACAAACAGCUAAGCGACCAGAUGACCAUGUUUGAGGAGAAAACUAAAAGGAUUCAGUAUCUUAUCGAUCAAGCUAGUAUGUUUGAGAACUUGAUAUCCGCCAGACCUCGUUUGCAAGCCAAGCACAACGAAGACAUGCUUCCCAAGGUCAUCAUAUGCGGAAUAACGGAGAAUGAUAUGCCUAAAAUCAUUGUGUGCGAUGAUAAAAAGAAAUCAAAAAGUCGUCCUCGCACACCCAGCUUUCCAGCACCACAAGCGGGUAUAUUGCCUCAGUUUGCCAAGCAGCUUACCGAAAGUUAUUGCAUGCAAGAGAAGUUAGCUGAGGAGAAUGCCGAUUUGGAAGAUAAGAGGUAUAAAUUGCAAGAAGAUCUCCUCGACAAGGAUUGUACUGUAGAUUGUCUUCAACGCAAAUUGCAAAGCUUGCAGGCCGAAUUACGUUUGGUUUGCAAAGAAAACUGUUUACUAUCAGAGAAGCUUAAUCGGAUUGAGUCUUGUCCGAACCAGCAGACGGCGCAGCGUAAUUUUGAAAGAUCCCCGGAACUUUGCCAAAAGCACCGUAAGAUGCCUUGUGGCAGGAACAAGGGGCCGUGCCCGGCCGAUAUUGAGUCACGGUUGCAAGAGUAUUCCGAUACCACGCAGCAACUCGAAAAGCAACUCUGCCAAAUGGAAUGUGAGGUUCGUAAUAUGCAGAGCGAGUUGGUCGCCGUGCAGAAAGAGAGGCAGCACCUGGAGCAGCAUCGAAAAAUGAUUACCAGCGCACCUCCGUGCCUACCCCCUCCUUGCGGAAUGCCAUGUAUGCCUCCACCAUGCAACAUGGGCGGCGGAAGUCCUGGGGGAGCAGGUAUGGAUCAGCAGCUGAGGGAGCUGAGAGAGCAGUAUAACCGACUUCAGGAUGACUAUAAGGGAAAGUUGACGGAAGUAGCUGGACUUCGAGCCGAUGUGGAAAAAUUAAAGCAAAACGCCAAGGACGCCGAAGAAGCACGAAAAAUAGCAGAAGACAAAGUGAAAGAAUACGAAAAAGAUGUGAAGAGCUUUAAAUCCGAAAAGAACAAGUAUAUGGGCUCAAAAGAGCAACUGAUAGAGCAAGAGCAACAGCUUAACGUCGCUAAACAGCGAUUCCGCGAGGCGCAGGACGAACUUGAAGAGUUACGCGCACUAAUUCAAGAUCAACAGGCUCAACUCGAUGAUUAUCGGAAUAAGUAUCUACAAGCGCAACAACAAGUUGAAGAACAGCGCAGACAAAUCGACAUGAUGGAAAUGGAAAACAACCGAAUCAGCGAACAGGUUAAUUUAGAAAUCCAACGCGUGAAGAAUCAAUUCCAAGAGAAACUUCAAGAGCUCACUCCACUCCCAGAUAUUCUAAAGACAACGCAACUAAAACUACAGGAAGCUCAACAAAUGCACUUGCUUGCGGAGAGGAACAACGAAAACUUGAUUCUCGAGUUGCAGGCGUAUCGAGAUAAGGCGGCGGCCAUGGCGAACCAAAUGGAGAAAGUACGAAGCGAUCAACAAUUAGGUGUCGACGAAAAGGUGGACCUGCAACAGAGAGUGCAACAACUGGAGCUUAAGAUAACAGAAGCCGAAGAGGAAAUUGACCGACUGCAGAAGGAUCUCGUGCGCACCGAAGAAGUGGCCGACCAAAACGAGAAACGGGUGCAGGAGAAGUUGCACGAGAUCGCUCAGCUGGUCGCCCAGCUCGAGACCGUGCGCGAAGAAUCGGCCAGGCAAGUCGCGCGAACCAAGGACAGAUGCGAGACCGUAAGGAGAUCGAUGCAGAACCAGAUCGCCGAUUUGGAGCGGCAACUUGCGCAGAGCAGGGCGCAGGCGAGAGGCGCGCAGAAGGAUCGCGACGACAUCCGGCAGAAGAUGCAAGCGCAAAUAAACAAUUUGAAUGAGAACUUUGAAGACGCUCAGAUGCGCAUUAGGAACCUUCAAGGGCACGUUAAUUUCCUGAAGAAUUCCUAUACGACUGUGUUCCCGAAUGAAGUCGGCGACGGAAUGGACUCUUGUGACUGCGGAAACGCCUUUUAAAUACUUUUGACUAGAAAUAUUUAUCUAUACAAUAUUAUACAAAUCAUUUACAAAUAAAAGAAG